AUGUCUUUCUGCCCAAUUCUUAUUGAAUUAAUUGAAGGUUAUAUUAGUGAAAAACACAAUAAAUCUAAAUUUUUGCUUCAAGUCUGGAAUAAAGACAAGAUAAAAGUCUAUGAAAAGUACCUCAAAGAUUUAAUUGGAAUGUGGGAUAUAUGUUUUAACUACUUCGUUUAUACUUUGAUUGAAGAGGGUAGCAAUCCGCCAGUUUAUAUUGUUGAUCUAUCUAAUUAGAACAUGACGGUAAUUGUCAGAAACUUGAAUUUUGAUUCUUCAGAUGCUAAGUCAGGGAGAGGAUUAACUACUAAAACUAUCAAUGCCAGAAUUGUAGCUCUAUCUAUACAUGUUUCAGAGUAGCAAGAUUAGGCAUUCAUCUUUGAAACUCCAGAUAAUUAAAUAGAAAUAUAUAAAAUUCUUCUCGAACUUGACUCAAAUUAUUAACUAAUGGAACCAUCAUUUUAACAGCUAAGAGAGGUUGCACCAAGAGAAAUUAUUUUUAGAGAUAAAAUCAAGAUAUUUAAGUUCGUCAUUCAAAAUGGUAAUAUGUUUGGAUGUGUAUUAAGAGAAUCAGGUGCGUUAGAUUUGUAUCAGAAUUGGAUAAUUGUAGAAUCAAUUGAUAAUUGUAAAUUAAUAUUUUAAUAUCUAAUAGAGAAUAUAACGAAAAUAAGUUUGAGUAUGGAUAGCUUCUUCUUCAAGAAGUAUGAUGGUUCAAUAAUUACUUUUGAUCACAAUGGCAAUAAACAAAUUUCUUUCGACUCUGCAAGAUUAAUUGAAGAAAAGGAAUUCAAUUUCGAUUAAGUUUUCCUAAAAAUUAUAUAAAACAUAGUGAAGCUUUACUCAGGAUUUAGUAUAAUAUACUAAAAGGGUAUAGGAACUCUCUUAGUUAUUACUCAUUCAAACUACAUCUCUGUUUACAAUAUGUUAUAGUAAAAGUGGUUCUACCACUAUCGUUAUGAAAUUGAAAUAAUCUGUUUAUUCACUCAUUUUGAUGGAAAGAACAAUUUAUAACAAGGAAUUUUAUGUUAAAACGGAGACAUUUUCAUGGGAUAAACAGAUAAGAAAAUUGUACUAGAUAAUGGAAUCAUUAAAAAAUCAAAUACUGUUCCUGGAAAGAUUAUAAAAUGGCACGCUGACAUAUAAUUUAACUAAACUCUAUAUAUACUUGUAUAAGAUAAGAAUGAGUAUAUCUUCUAUGCUUUAGUGAGAAACACACUUAGGAAAUUAGAUGUACUCUAAAGAGUAGAUAGUCAAUCAAAUUUACUUUAAAUUCAGUCUGAUGAUAAAUAGAAAUUUUUACUAUUGUAAAAUAAAAAUGAAAUAAUACUCUAUGCCCAAACAAUUAGCUAACCCGAUAAUACCGUCUUACUUGAUAAAAAGAAAAUAAUAUAAACAAAGGAUAUUCUUAUAGUUGGAUAGAUCCAUUCAGGCUGCUCUUAUGAUCUUAAUUAGUAUUUGAUCAUUUUUGACUAAUAAAAUAUGCACUUAAUUAAAAUAAACGAAGAUGAUAUUGCUGUUACAUCUUUCAUGAAUGUUAACUGUGUAGGCAUAUAUAGCUUCAACGCUUAAUUUAAUUAUGCUCUUUGCUAAGAUGGGACUGGAUCCCUAUUUCCAGGGUUAAGACAAUUCAAUAUGGAUGCUAUUGUUUCUAGAAAGUAACUUAAAAUGAACCUUCUAAAGAAAAUUGAUGUUGGUGCUCUUGGUUUAUUUGUGCAUGGAUCUCAAAUAUCAAGAAUAGCUUUUAUGAAUUCAAUUACUAAUAUAGUUAUAUGCCCUAUUCUUCACUAAAAUACUCAUAAAUACUUUGGGAUCAAGAAUUUGCCUGACUAUAAGCUCUUCAAUGUUUUAAAUGGGAAAUUCUUGGCAGUUUUAAAAGACUUAAUCUACACAUGGGACAUUUACACUGCUAAAUACAUUUCAAAAGUACCUAUAACUGAAAUUUCCUUGGAAAAAUAUGAUAUUAUCGGAACAAAUACUUUAGGAAGAGUACUUUUCUAAUCAAAAUAAGAAAUAAAAGCAAAAUAAUCAUUCGAGGAUUAAUUCUACUUUGAUUGGUAACUAAAAUCUAAUAUAAACAAUAGUAAAACUUAUUAAUAAGGAACUAAAAAAUCAUAUAGAGAAUUUAUAUAUGCAGAGAUUGAAUCAUCUUCUUAAUUAAGAAUUCACUUGAAAUUCAUCCAUUAUAGCUAGGAUGGACAAUGA